GUGCCCUCCGCCGGGAAGGAGGGCGGGCGGAUCCCCCCCGGGCUGCCCGGCCUCCCCGCCGCCGGGCCCCCAUGAACAACCAGGCGCGGGCCGCAGACCCCGUCCCGUCCCGGACCCCCGCCUCGGUCCGGGCUUCGAUUCCGGUCAGGCCCUCGAACCCGACUCAGGUCCCGGCCUCGGCCCCAAUCCGGACCUCGAUUCCGGUCCCGGCCUCGACUGCAGCCCGGACCCCGACUCUGGUCCGGACUCCGAAUCCGUUCCAGGCCGUGAGCCCGGUCCGGACCUCGACUCCAGUCUCUGCCUCGACCCCGCUCCAGACACCAACUCGGGUCCCUGCCUCGACCCCGGUCCGGACCUCGACUCCGGUCCCGGCCUCGACCCCGGUCCGGACCUCGACUCCGGUCCCGGCCUCGACCCCGCUCCAGACACCAACUCCGCUCCAGACACCAACUCGGGUCCCUGCCUCUGCCCCGGUCCGGACCUUGACUCGGUACCCUGCCUCGGUUCGGACUUCGAUUCCAGUCCCUGCCCCGGCCCCGGUCCGGACCUCGGCUCCGGUCCCGGCCCCGGCCCCGGUCCGGACCUCGGCUCCCGUCCCUGCCCCGGCCCCGGUCCGGACCUCGGCUCCCGUCCCUGCCCCGGCCCCGGUUCGGACCUCGGCUCCCGUCCCUGCCCCGGCCCCGGUUCGGACCUCGGCUCCCGUCCCUGCCCCUGCCCCGGCCCCGGUCCGGACCUCGGCUCCGGUCCCUGCCCCGGCCCCGGUCCGGACCUCGGCUCCCGUCCCUGCCCCGGCCCCGGUUCGGACCUCGGCUCCGGUCCCUGCCCCGGCCCCGGUUCGGACCUCGGCUCCCGUCCCUGCCCCUGCCCCGGCCCCGGUCCGGACCUCGGCUCCCGUCCCUGCCCCGGCCCCGGUCCAGACCUCGGUUCCGGUCCCUGCCUCAGUCCCUGCCUCGGCUCCGGUCCAGACCUACACUCGGUUCCCUGCCUCGGUCCGGACUUCGACACCGGUCCCGGCCUGGACUACGAUCCGAAACCUGACCCCGGCCUCGGUCCGGACCUCGACUCCGGUCCCGGCCUCGACUCCGGUCCGAACCCCGACCCCGGUCCCUGCCCCGGCCCCGGUCCGGACCUCGGUUCCGGUCCCUGCCCCGGCCCCGGUCCAGACCUCAGCUAGGUUCCCUGCCCCGGUCCGGACUUCGACUCCAGUCCCUGCAUCGACUCUGGUCCGGACCCCGAUUCCAGCCCGGGCCCUGAAUCCGGUUCCAGCCUCAACCACGCCAGCCCCCUCUUCGGUCCCGGUCCCGGCCGAGGUCCCGGACUUGGAGUCCUUCCCGAGCGCGGCGCUCCCUGUGGGCCUGCCCGCGGGGCCCGCUCUGCCGCCCAGCGUGGAGCACCGCCGCUCAGAUGAAUCGGGGCGCAGCCAGGAGCUCCUUCCUGCUCUCAGCGCGUCCGCCUCGGAUUUACUGGGGCCCACUCUCAGGUCCCCCCCAACGGCAGAUCCCGCGGCCACCAAGCGGACAGAGUCUAUGGCUGGACCCAUCUCCAUGCCGAUCCUGGGGACCUCCCCGUUCCCCACUUUCUUACCUAUUUCUACAAACACAUUCGCCUCCACCAGCGAGUUCUUUCAAGUGGACCACAAGAUUGUGAUUCGAGUGAACUAUUGUGGCCUCUGAAGCUAUAACCUCCGGUACAUUCUACUGAGAAAGAGUCUGGAGCAACAAUUUCCAAACUGUUUACACUUUGAGGAGGACAUAUCGGCACAGGCUACCGGGGAGUUUGAAGUGUUUGUGGAUGGGAAACUGGUUCAUUCAAAGAAGAAAGGUGAUGGCUUUGUGGAUGAGGCCAAAAUGCAGAAAAUUGUGAACAUUAUUGAUGAGGAGAUCAGGAAAAGUUAACGGGCAACUGGUGAGCUGGAGGAACCUCAGCAGGAUGACGAGAAGGGCUGAAAUGUUGCCCUCAGGGUCAGGUCCUUUUUUGAUGGUGGCUGGGGCUGGGGUGGGGUCAGGUGGGGAGA